AUGGCGGGGAACGACGGGCUGCUGGUGCGCGGAGGAGGAGGAGUAGGAGGAGGUGUCGCCUCCCCGGCGCCACUCUGUGCCGUCCUGUUCCUUACCGCUUGCUUCUCCGCAGUGGUAGAGCAGCGGACCAAGGCUGGGUCAUUGGUGGGAGCCCCACUGCUCUCUUUCGGGAUUUUUUGCAUUCUCAGCAAUCUCAACCUGGUGCCAGCAACGCACUCGGUGUACGAUCUGUGCUGGUCCUUCCUCCUGCCGCUGUCACUCUCCACAAUAAUUCUUGGAAUACGCGUGGUCGCCGUGGGAGAAGAACGACGUUCCGACUUGAAUCUCCUUGGAGAAUCAAGCGGAGAACGCUCGUCUUCGCAAGGGUUGGCUGGACCGAUGGGUCGCGUGGGACUGUCUUUCCUGAUUGGAGCCGUUGGGUCCAUCGCAGGCGUGGCAGCAUCUUUCCGCGUAGCAACCACGAGCGGGGGUUGGGCUUUCUCACUACCACGUGGCACUGCAGCUCAGCUGGCUGGAGUGAUCACCGCCUCGUAUAUCGGGGGAAGCGUGAACCUUUUCGCGGUUGCGUCUUUCGUGGGAAUGGUCGGGGUCAAGCUUGCCGGGGGCUCCUCCCUCCUAGGGGCUCUGGCGGCAGCAGACAUAUUUUUGAUGAGUGUGUACUUUUCGUUUCUCGUGGCGGCGCACAAAGCUCCGUUUUUGUGCCGUCUUUUCCCUGGGCCAGGAGCCCAGCCAAGUGCGGUGUUGAAGCAACCGGACGGGAUUGGUGGAGCAAACCAACCCAAUGUUGUUGCUGCUAAACCGGGGUGGCGCGAGCUGUUUGGAUCAACUGCCGCGAACAUCACUACCCUUCUCACAAUAGGUAGUGCCAUCUGCUUCUUCGGCAACGCGGUGGCUCGCAGGUCACCCUUGCCCGGGACUUCGACGAUGGCCGUAACUCUGCUGACUGUGGGCGCUACGCGGGUUUUAAAUCGUGUAGCCCCGGGCUUUCAGGCACGUCUUUCGCGCACGGCCCCGUUCGUCGCCACGCUACUGUUGAAUGUAUUUUUUUGUUCGGUGGGCGCAUCCGGAAGGUGGGUGGAGGUCGUAGGCGUUGCACCUGCGAUUUUCAUUUUCGCGGCUCUGGCGUUAGCGGUGCACAUUGCCGUCAUGGCCGCAGGGGCGGCUGUGUUGAAUCGCUUCUUCGGAGCGGGCCUUAGUCUCGAUGACAUCACUGUUGCAAGCAACGCGAACAUUGGAGGCCCAAGCACGGCGGCUACGUUCGCUGGACUUCUCGGCAAGGAUGACCUAGUUGUGCCUGCGGCGGUUUGGGGCACGGUUGGCUACGCGAUUGCAACCACGCUCGGAGUCGGUGUUUGGACAAUCCUACGAUGA